AUGCUCGAAGUGUACUGUGAUCCUUGCACCGUCAACAGCCACAAAGUGCUGGCCGGGUUGGAUAUUCUGGGCUACCCUUACCAUUUCAACAAAGUGGAUUAUUUCACUUCGGAACACAAAAGCCCCGGGUUUCUCAAGAUCAAUCCGCACGGAACGGUCCCUGCGGCUGUCGACGGAGACCUGAAGAUCACCGAAAGCAACGCAAUUCUCCAAUAUGCGGCCGAUGACAGUGGUCCGAUGUACCCACGGGAUGUGAAGCAGCGCUGUACCGUUAACCGGUGGCUGCUCUGGGAGACGUCGGUGUGGUUCCCCAGCUGCUACGUCUACUUGGUCGAGUUUGUCGUCAAGCCACUCCUGCAGGCCGAGCCUGAUCAGUCUGUCAUCGACGGCGAAGCUCCCAAAUGGCACAAACAUGCCGCGAUCCUCGACGAACAACUGUCGAAGACAAAGUGGCUCACCGGCGAUAAUCUCACCAUCGCUGAUAUCGCCGUUGCUGCGCCAAUGCACCUGCAUGCAGCUCAGCGUCUUCCACUCGACCAAUAUCCGAAUUUGAAUCGCUGGUUGACGGAGCAGAUUGAGAAAAUCCCCGAGUGGCAGAAGACCCAGGAGGCCGUCAACAAGGCAUUGCAGCCAGGUAAGGCCGUCAGCACCAAUGGCACGGCCGGAACUGUCCGCGCUAAUUUCGUCUACACGAAGGACGUUGAGAAGCGGACUGAACUCUACUUCUACGACACGGAUGCUGCCCAGGAUAUCCAUGAGCCUGGAGACGACCCGCACGAGAUGGAAGUCACGGACGGCUGGUAUCGAGCUGGUUCAUUUUCCGUUGACAAGGAAGGCUUCUCUUUGCACCAUUUCAAGACUGAGUUUGCCGACUGGGAGAACGAGGACGUGGUCAGAGAGCAGUUUUACCCUGAGAUAGUCGAAUUCUUGAAAAGCUCAACUGGCGCCAAACGCGUCCUUGUGUUUGACCAUACUAUCCGAACCAAGAAGAACGAAGCGAAGAAGCUGACCCAGGAGACGAACACUUCCCAACGAGCUCCAGUGAUGUUGGUGCACUGCGACUACACUGCGGAGUCCGGUCCUCUUCGAGUACGCCAGCUCCUAAAGGAUGAAGCUGAAGACCUUCUCUCGCGCCGCGUGGCAUUCUUCAACGUCUGGAAGCCCCUCAAUACUGUCGAAGAACGACCACUGGCAAUGUGCGACGUUACCUCGUCUGACAAGGACGACUUCUUCAAGCUUUACUUGCGCUACAGGGACCGUGUUGGCGAGAACUACCUGAUGAGGUACUCGCGGAAUCACAAGUGGUGGUAUUUUCCGCGCAUGACCCCUGAGCAAGUCAUUGUUCUCAAGACAUACGAGUCCGAAACCGAUGGGCGCGCUAGGUUUGUGGGGCAUAGUGCAUUUGAGGACCCAACUUCGUCGCCUGAUGCGCCACCGCGUGAGAGUAUUGAGAUCCGGACAAUGGCUUUCUUCUGA